UCGUCAUGACUACUACUACUACAACUACAUUUUCUCUUCUCCAACUACCAACAAAGGCUCUAAAAAUGGUUCUAACACAGGAUAUAGAUUUCAUGAUCUGGUUUUCAUUCUGUUCUAAUCGCUCGAAAUCGGUAGUUCAAAACCUGCAAAUUGAUUACUUACAUAUUGAAUGUGGUUUUUCACGUCAAAAUGUUUUGUAUGUAAUGUUCGGAGAUACCAUGCUGUGGGCGUCGGAGUAUUCCACAAUUUCAGAUGAUAUGAUAGAAGAAAGUGUAAUAAUUGGGCAAAAGCUUAAGCACAAGCUUAAAGCUUACAUUGAUCAUGCUUAUAGUGUUCUCAACCAGCCAUCUUUUUACGUUGAUGUACAUUGUAACGAAGACGGCCUAAGAACCUACGAGUUUCUUGAAAAUGCCAUUGAAGAUGUUAAAAUCAGAAGAACAACUUUAUCUGGAUCUGGACCUCCUUACUUGCUGAAUGCAAAAAGAUUUUGGAGAAGAUUCAUAUUACCCGUUCAACAGAUUGACCUAUGCCAGAAAUUAUUUGAAACUGCGGUGCAAAGUCAUAGGCUUUUGCUUCAAAAUUUCGAUUACCUAGGAAUCAAUCUUGGUUCAAAUGGAAAACCUCACAGUAUUCUUGCAAUGAACAGUGCGUUUAUAAGCAUAACAAAUUAUUGUAGAGAGUUCAAACGAAACGAUUUAAAUAUUUACCUGAAGCAUUGGAUAAAUGGAUCAAAUCCUAGUUUAGAGUACAUGGAACUCUAUUCAUAUGUGCGUAUUGAAAUAGAUAUAUCAUUAUUUGUUGAUGAAGUAUUCAACGGUAUAAGUAAGGAAAUAAUAAGCAAAGAGUAUAGAAAGCCAACUAAAUAUCGUAAAACUCAUGUAAUAAUCGGAGAGCAAGACAACGAAAUAACAAGAGGGUUCGAAAUUACACGGUAUGAUGGGACGACGGCAGAUAUUUGGUUCCAUAUCCCAUACCCAAUGGUUGAUGAAUAUCGCUUUGAAAUGUUUAUUGAAAAAUGCCACUGA